GUGGCUCGAAUUUAUAGUCCCCACCGGGAAGGCAGAGAGGAGGAGACACAACUUUGUACGUUGACAAGAUCUAGAACGACUGCUAACCCGUUGACUAGUGACUACUAACCUAAUGGGGGCGAAAUUGAAAAUGAACGAGGUAAAUUCAUCGUUAAGCGGCGCCCUCUGCGUUGCGCAACUCAAGUCGGGAAACGGUCGUGGAGUAAACAGGGUCCACGGAAUCUAAGUGAGGUUAGACUAGGAGCACAUUGACGGGUAGAUUAUGCGUUCGGGGAUCCGGAGGGUGGUCGUAGGCAUGUCUGGGGGCGUGGACAGCGCCGUGUCGGCCUUGCUAUUGAAGAGAAAAGGCUUCGAUGUCGUUGGAGUCUUCAUGCAAAAUUGGGAUGCAAACGAAGAGAUCGGGACAUGUACGAUCGAACAAGAUUACAAAGAUGCGGAACGCGUAUGCGAUAGACUUGGGGUGCCUCUGACUCGCAUCGACUUCGUCAAGGAGUACUGGAACGAAGUCUUCAGUAAUUUACUGAAGGAUUAUGAGAGUGGGUAUACGCCCAACCCAGAUAUCCGUUGCAACAAGUUCAUCAAGUUUCGCAGCUUUUUUGAUUACUCGACUAACAAGCUGGGUGCGGAUGCAGUCGCUACUGGACAUUAUGCAAAUACUAGUUUUGGUACUUACCUCCAACGCUAUGUCUCAAACAAAAACGUGAAACUCCUGCAAGCGAAAGAUGCAAUAAAAGAUCAAACAUUCUUUUUGUGCCAAAUACCCCAAGAUUCUCUCAGGCUAACUAUGUUUCCGUUAGGAGAAUAUUACAAAAAGGAUGUUGUGAAAAUUGCACGAGAAAACGGCCUGUAUAACGUCGCUAAUAAGAGAGAGAGUACAGGAAUAUGUUUCAUCGGUAAACGCCGUUUUCAAGACUUCAUCUCGGAGUACGUGGACAAAAAACCCGGUAACUUUAUAGACUUAGAUACCGGCACAGUCGUCGGAAAGCACAACGGCAUUCACCACUGGACUUUGGGACAGGGAUGUAGAAUCGGAGGUGUCCGAAGGCCAUACUUUGUUUUCCGUAAAGAUUCCAAAUCCAAUGAUAUUCUCGUGGUUCAAGGAACCAACCACCCUGCGUUAUACACGGAAUUGGCACUAACUUCAAGGGUUCACUGGAUCGACCCUGGCAUGGAAGACUUAGUUAAACGCCAAGGCAUUCUCAAUUGCAAUUUUCGCUUUCAACACACCCAUCCUCUCGUUCCGUGCAAAAUACUCCAAACCCUCGACAAUCGAUUGAUUAUCCGUAUCAACAAGCCACUUCGCGCUGUGACGCCAGGGCAGGUAAGAGUUUGCUGCGUUGUAUUUGGCUAACGAGUGCCUAGGAGGUGCACAAAUGCUGAACGUAGGACCGUCGCUUUACUCAUUAAAUCAAAGUAACAGAAAAGAUAUACAAGAGGAGCAGGAUGAUUCUGAGGAAUGCCAGAAUUCUUUAAAACGUCCAAUUCAGGAGGCCAGGCAUAAUUCAGUCUUGCAUUAAAAUAUUAUGAUACUUUUGUUACCAUGUAGUUGAUAAAAUAUUUAUUUUUUAAA